ACAUUAAAGAGAGUAACGAGUAAUUGCUAUUUUCACGCUCGAGGUUUUUUCGUUUUAAAUCGCAAGAAAACACAAACAAAUCAGUGAUAAAUAAUAUUGCAAGUGGGCGGUAACUCAAUUAAAACUUGCGGUCGAUGCGUUUGCUUUAAAAAUACUCAGUGUAUGUGCUAUUUUAGUAAUUAAUAUUAAGAUUUCCAUUUCCUUUUACGCGCAACAACAACAACGCAAAAGAAUAUUUUGAGCGGAUGUGCGUGUGUGUGUGAGCGAGAUAACAUGCAAUUUGUGUAGAAAAAUAAAAGUUAAAAAAGAUGCCGUGCAUUUAGAUAAUAACUAAACCGCAAACUCUUUUGAAACGGACUCCAGCUGGGUAACUCGUGCGGCAAACUGAACCCGAACCGGCAGAGGCAACAGGAGGAGCAGCGAAAUCGGGAUUGGGAACCACCUGGCCAAAUGGGUGGCAAUAGUACAGGGGCCAAUUCGAGCGCCUUUAGCGCAGGCGGAUACAUUGGUCCCACGUCGGCGAGUAGUCAUCACAACCUGGGAACUUCAUCCGCAACAGCAGCAGCGAUUGCCGGAGGAAGUGACCUCAUACCCGGACCAAUUGGCACGGGAAGCCCCAUGGGAGUCUCCUCCUACGCCUACGGAGGAACCAGUUGGGAGGAGUUCUGCGAACGGCAUGCCAGAGUGGCUGCUUCGGAUUUCGCCAAGGCCUGCAUCACAUACAUCAAUGGGAAUCUGCCGCCGGAGGAGGCAAGGAACAUCCAGCAUCGCAGCUUUUCCCAGAAAUUUGUCGAAUCCUUUUCGGCACACUAUGACACGGAAUUUUUCCGGCGGCGAAGUACCCUGAAAUCGGGCGUGGGAUCGCUGGAGUUCGAGGAGGAGCACGAGGUACCACGCCUGCUUCCAAAGUCUCUCCUAAGGCGACUCUCAUUUAAGGGUCUGCGCAAGGGAAAGUUCUCAUUGCUGCAGGCCUUCUUCCACAAAAACUCGGACGACGUGGACGGCAGCGGUGGAAGUGGUAAGCAGGGCAAGACGAAGCUCGCCAAGAUCGUGGUCGAAUGCCGCAAGGAGGGCACUGUAAACAACCUGACACCAGAGAGUCUCGACCAGCCAACGGGCUCCCAGAAGUGGGAGAAGUGCCGACUGGUGCUGGUCAAGGCCGUGGGUGGUUACAUGCUCGAGUUUUACACACCCCACAAGGCGACUAAGCCGCGUAGUGGCGUCUUCUGCUUCCUCAUCUCCGAGGCACGCGAAACCACUGCUUUGGAAAUGCCGGACAGGCUGAAUACGUUCGUCCUAAAAGCGGACAACAACAUGGAGUACGUGAUUGAAGCGGAGAGCGCCGAGGAGAUGCGCAGCUGGCUGGCCACCAUACGCUACUGCAUGCGCACGCCGCCCACUCAGCAGCCAAUGAUCGAAUCGGAUGGCGUGAUGGCGGUCGCAAUGCAAACAUCGCCCACAAAUCCGAGCCCCAAUCCCAUUGGUGGCAUACAGAAUCCCCAGUACCACCAGCAGGGCGGAUCCAAUGGAAAUCUGGUCGGCGGAGGAGCACCCCUCUCCUCGUCCUUGUCGGCAGAUAGCGCCUUGGGUCAGGGCGGUGCCACUUCCGCCAGCGAAUUGAAUGUCAUCAACGAACUGGGCACCACUCCGCCCUCAGGUCCACCGGAUAUACCCGUGAGACCGCAUCGAGGUGAACAGCGCCUUUCCGCCUCCAGCAACUUCGAUGGCAUCGAAGGCACGGAUAAUGAUGCGGAUGUGGCGGAUCUGACGGCCGAGAUGAGCGUGUUUCCCUGGUUCCAUGGAACACUGACACGAUCGGAAGCUGCCCGCAUGGUUCUCCACUCGGAUGCGGCCGGACAUGGAUUCUUUUUGGUCCGGCAAAGCGAGACGCGCCGAGGAGAGUUUGUAUUGACCUUCAACUACCAGCGUCGAGCCAAGCACUUGCGGCUCACCAUCUCGGAAAAGGGACAGUGUAGGGUGCAGCACCUGUGGUUCCCCUCGAUCCAGGAGAUGCUUGAACAUUUCCGCCACAAUCCGAUACCCCUGGAAUCGGGCGGCACUUCGGAUGUGACCCUCACCGAAUGGGUGCACACACACAGCAGACUGAACGAUCCAUCGACGACUGCUAAUCAUGAUUCCGGGCAGCUCAACGAUCUUUCGGCCAACGGCAAUGGAAAUGGAAACGGAAAUGGCCACGAAAAUGGGCAGGGAUCAUCAUCGGCAUCGAACGCGGCAGGAGGAGCGGCAAUGGGAGCUGCUGGCGGUGGCCAUCCGUCGCCGAGACAUUGCAACGAAGUGAUUACCAUGAAUCUGAGUGUUCGCCUAAAGACAAAUGAAAUCGAACUGCCACAGGAGCCAACACACGUCUAUUUUCCGGAGCAAGUCUAUUUCCAUUUGGAUCCCACAACGCUAACUGUGCACGGAUCGCCGCCGUCGGCCCAGAAUUUUCUGGACCAGCCGCAUCUGCGGGCCUCGAACGCCUCCCUCCAGGCAGCCGCCCAUCAUCCGGCGGGAUCAUCCAGCAACCGGCACCACAGCGAUGGCAACAGCGGAGGAGCAGGAGAUGGAUCGGGAUCCAGUGGGGGAGCCGAGUGCACCGGACGUGCCGUGGAUAAUCAGUACAGCUUCACCUAAGUCCGCUUGAUCGAUACCCGACCGCAUUUCGUGGCUUUCCCAGCGGAACUUUACUUUUGUGCCAUUUUUAUCAUUGUCCUAGAGGAGAGAAAUAUUUAUGUUUUUCGCAUCAAUCAGCUUUCUUUGCUUUCUUGAUUUACUUGUUUCUAUUUAAGUUUAGUACCUCUUUUGGAAGACAUGAAGUAACUGAAUAUUAUUAUGUAUACAUUAUAUAGCUAAAUGUGUGUGUUCAUUUUAAGUACAUUAAUGUUGUAUGUAUAGAAAAGAAAAACCUAAAAAAACGCAAAAGAAAAUUGUACGAUUUUUGUGGGCACCAAAGGUGCGACUCAUGCGAAUCCUAAAACUUCCUGCUUUACAAAACAAAAAUACAUACAUUAUACUACUUAUAAAUAUAAAUCAUAUAUACAU